GAUUCUUUGUCACGUAAGGUCAGGUCAUAAAACAUCCUUAUCGUUACUAAAUCGUCUUCUUCCGUGAAAUUGCAGUCAUCCAAUACUAUCCCACCACAUGACCGCUUGCCGACCCUGAAUGUCGGAGGAGAAACGAGACGCGGCAUCACAAGCGGCCGCGCGCGAUGUCCGCCAACAAAGAGGACGAUCGGCGAGGCGCGAGCUCGAAAAAGGAACGUUGCCGCUUGCCGGACCACGACGACGCCCUGCUGCUGCGCUGGCCAGCCACCACUGCCAACAAUAAAGGUGAACGGCCCGCAUGUACCGGCCGCCUGCACCAUCAUCAACAACAGCCUGCCGGGUGGCCGUCGAGGGAGCAAAGCAGUGUUCAAACAUCGCUGGAACCUGCGUACCGCACUGCCCGGCCGAAUGGAGCCACUGCUUGACGAUAGCAAGAGCCGUGAGCAACAGGUGGCGCAACUGUCGCGUUUCUGCGAAGCUCUGUGGCUCAAGCACCAGAUGACGGACGUCGAGGUCCAAGUCGAGGCUGAAGUGUUUCAGGCACACAAGCUCAUCCUCACCUGUCACUCGCCCUACUUUCACAAGCUGCUCAUCAAUACGAAGCCCGAGAUGCUCAAGGUGCAGCUGAACGGGAUCACGCACGAGUCAUUCAGCGUCUUGCUGGCAUACAUGUACACGGGCCGGCUGCAGCUCACCUGUCAGAACAUUGUCGACGUCUUCCAGGCAGCCAAGCACCUAGACAUGAAAUGCAUCAAGGAGCGAUGCGCUCAGGUGCUGACGAGCUCUCCAGAAGAUCCCGUGCACGCGCUUUUCGUCUAUGUUUCGGCCAAGAAGCUUGGCACCAAAUCUGCUUGGCAGCGCGCCUACAAGACCAUUCUAUCCAAAUUCCACUUGGUGGUCACCUGCCAGGAGUGGUUGGAGCUCAAGGUCGAUCAAGUGGUCGAGAUACUUUCCGCAGAUUCCAUCGCGGCACGCAGUGAGACGGAGCUGUUCUUGGCUGCACUGUCGUGGCUGAGCGCCAAGUGGCCAGCGCGGGAACAGCACGUCGUGGAGCUGCUCAAGUGCAUCCGUUUCUCGAGCAUGCCCAUGGAAGAGGCUGUGGCUUGCUUCCAUCCGCCCCAGCUGCCGGAAGUGACAGCCAAGCCCGAAGUGCGAGAGAUGCUCAACAACGCCGUCUGCUACAUCUCCGCCAAGCAGGUCGGCCAGGAAAGCAAGUUCAAGCAGUACACGCAUCCCCAGCGCUGCUUCUUGCUCAAAGGAAAGCAGCAGCGAUCUCCUGAGAAAGGCAUGGGCGACGCGUGCACCAUGGCCAGUAGCAGCCGUGCCUCGUCGCUGUCCCCGCCGCCAGCCACCGCUGUGGGGCGCCACCGUGGACCGCGGCGACGCCGGGCGGACAAGGCCCGGGCCGCGACCCAGCAGGCAAGCUCGCCCAGUUCGUCCCACGAGGACGGCUCGCCGGUGUCUCCUCCUGGCGGAAAUGGCGCCCCUCCUCCUGCUCUCGAGAUCCCGACCUCGGGCGACGAAGAGGCCGCCGAGGCGUGGCUGGGGGACCCGCUGCUGCACGAGCUGCUGCACAGCCGCGCGCUGACCGAGCGCACGCGCGUCCUCGAGUGGGACGAGUACGCGGCCAAGGCGCUGCCCGAGGACUCGCGCAUACGCCGGGGCAGCCCGGGCCUGCUGCUCGUCGGGGGCGUCGACCCGCGCCUGCCCCACCAGGUCUCGACGGGUUGUGCCGUGCUGGCCUACGAGGAAGCGGAUGACCGUUGGCACCGAGUGGCCAUGUUGCCCGAACCACGCCAUCAUCACGCAGGUGCCAUUGUGGGUGACAACGUGUACGUCAUCGGUGGACUUAAUAGCCGUCGCACUCUGACUGGCCGACCCCGCCCUCUGGCGUCGUGCCUCUGUUACCAACUGGGAGAGCAUCAGUGGACUCAACUGCCAGACCUUCAGGUGCCGAGGGCAUACCAUGGAUGUGCUGCUGUACAGGGUACCCUGUUCGCCGUAGGGGGGCGCGACAAGCGAGGAAGGCUGCUGCACAGCAUGGAGUUCUGGGAGCCCGGUUCUGACCGGUGGCGAGUGACGGCCGAGCCGUUGAGGCCCGGGCGGAUGGGCGCUGCCGUGUCUGCGUCGGGCAAGAUGGUCUGCGUGGCCGGUGGCGUGUCACGCACGGACGACGGCCGCCUGUGGUUGCUCGCAGACGUCGACUGUUAUGACGUGCAGGCACGAAGGUGGGUUCGCGGCCCUCGGCUCCCAUGGCCCGUCUGCCUCGGCGCGUUGGUGUCCACUGGUUCGGGUGUGCUGGUGCACGUGGGCGGCCUCUCGCUCUGCCAAGCAGCGUCGGCCGGUGGCGCCGCAGUGCCGGGCGGCGCGGCGCACGGGGCCGCGAUUGAGCAGCAAGACGCCGCGGUGGACGCCCGCGCCUUCAGGAGCCGCUCGGACGUGCUCUUCUGGGACCCGUCUUCGGCCGACGGCCGCUGGAAGUCCCUGUGCCCGCUCCCCGAACCUAGGCAUGGCAUGAGCGCUGCCGUCUGCGCCAACGAGGACACCCUGUACGUUCUAGGCGGCCUCUCUACCUCCUUAGAGCGGGCUCCUCUGGAAGUGCUGGCAGCGUCCACGGCAGACUCGGGUGACCGCUCCUUCUACAGAGCCUGCCAACUGCCGGGUCCCAUCGCGGGGUCACUCGUACUGCCGCUGCCAGACGUCGCCAGCAUACCAGUCACCCGCCGGCGAUCUUCCUCAUCUUGAUGUGUUCAUCUAUCCACACGUCGUCAUAAGUCCGGCCGGAUGGCAUUUUCUUGAGGGAAAAAAAUAAUGAAAAGAAGCAUGGCACCCGUUCACAUGUCUUUUCAGGUUCAUGUUGGCCAGGUUGACCCUAGGGUUGCUACAGUGGGCGGAGUGCCUUCAUCGCGACUUCCGUUAGCCAAGUAUUAUUCAAUAACAAUUAUCAUUCAUCAAGCUUAUUUAUGCAAAGCUUCUUAAGUAUUUCCCACCGGGCUUUUAGAGUCUGCAGUGCAGAAUGUAUUUUGCGUUAUGCGCGUGCAGCCGCAGCCAACACACGUCGUAAGAGAAGUCUCGCCAAGCUCUGAUCUUUCUGUUGAAAUUGUCUGUCCUAUUGUCGCUAGCACAAUGUAAUGAAUAGCAUAAUAAAGCGCAGUUUUUUGACACGACAUGCACCAGGGUACCACGCGCUUGACCUAGCAUAUGCUUUUUUUUUUUAUUCUAGGCAACAAAGAACUCGUCGCUUAAAAAACAAAUGUUUCGAAACUUUGGUCGCGGCCCACGCACUUAUAUUUAAUGUUAUGAUGCAUCACAAGACAUGCUGAAAGACAUACUUCUCAGCGUAGAAAGGCAGUGGUCAGGUGAACAACGCACAAUAUUCCGCUCCAAUGAAUCCCAAUAACUCAUUGUUUGUGAAAAGUAAGAGCACCUAAAUGUUUCUGCGUUAAACUCAUAUGUGUUUAGUUGUAGUGCUUCGCAGUUAACUGAAGGAUGUUUAAUCGCCUAAUAAUGAGAUGAACUAAAAUCUAAUAAUGAGAUGAACUAGAAACAUAAAGUGCAAACGUACAAGUACGCUUGUAAAUUGUCGGGAAGAAAUGAAGUUUGGCUGAAUAUUCUGUGGGAGAAACAUUACGAUUGUAGUUAUUACAAAGUAACUUUAUUGAUUUUCUUUGAAACUUCUAGGCUUUUUAUGGCGUGUUGGAUAUUGGAGAACCAACAGACACUGCGAAGCUAUAGUACAAUACGAAUGAGUAAGGUUUGCGCCUUUGUUUAAGCGAACAGAGCUCGUGUAACUCCUUAGAAGACAUGUGAAAACAUG